AUGAAGUUGGUCGGCAUCGGUCGCAUCAAAACGCGUUUCAUCGAGACAGAGCCCAAAUCAUCCCUAGUAUCUGCUGAUGAUGAUUCCAGGGAACAUCAUUUUGGAGGUUGUCAGCCGCUGACCGGGAGAUGGGUACAUGUAGGGCGUAAUCGAACAUUCCAUGCCCCUGUUUGCUGUGGGUGGGAUCGAGGCGCAUUUAGACGUUUUCCUAAAGAAUGCGGGUACCAAAAGAGGAAACCAAUAGAGGGUUUCUAUAGAGGUUCCGCUGCAAAUGAUGUUUAUACGCAAAUGGGAGGCAAUGCUUGCCGAGAUGCUAGUUUCUUGGACGAAUGGGAAUGGCAAGAUCCAGCUUUGCUUCCAUUUAAAUCACAACUAACGUGUCAAAAAUUAGCCAAUCGAACAGUGCUACUCCUAGGAGAUAGUACCAUGUUGCAAACAGCAACCACACUGAUGAAUGCCUUAAAAUCUGGAGGAUGUGCCCCACAAAUAAUGGUUCAGAAAGCCGAUACAUUGAUCAAGGAAGAUUUGGGUAGAUUGAAUCGCGGUUUGUAUUGGAUGGACGCAGUCCGCUCGUACGAACCAGACAUUGUGAUUGUCAACUCGUGCCAUCACAUUGCAAGAAAUGCGAUGGAUGACUACCAGAAAGUGCUUCAUCAAGUGCAGGCAGACAUUCUUGAUUGGAAUCGAAAUACUACGAGCAAACACAACAAAAAGACUGCAUUCGUUUGGAAAACGGCCAAUCCAGGAGGCUGCAGUGACAAGCCUUUAUUUCCAGACGAUCCUUUGUUGGCGGCAAGGACACGCAACUUUUCGUUUGCCCCCGACUACACCCGACAUUAUCAUCAUGUGACAUUUGAACGAGACCAGUAUGCAUGUAAUCAUUGGACCGGGAGCAAGCAGGAGAUGGCAAACACGUUUGUGCUCGACAUGCGCAUGUUGUAUAGCCGCUCUGACGCUCAUCCUGGAAAGAACGGGUUUAUUGGGGAUUGCCUUCACUAUAAAUCUCCUGGUCCACUAGAUGUGAUUGCGCCGCUGUUUCAACAACUUUUGGAUAGAAUCGACAGCAUGAAUUCCAAAUAG